AUGCCUCCCAAGAAGGCCGUCGUUGAGGAGAAGAUCCCUCUGGGUCGUCCCGGAAACAACCUCAAGAGUGGAAUUGUCGGCCUCGCCAAUGUCGGCAAGUCUACUCUUUUCCAGGCCAUCACCAAGUGCGACCUAGGCAACCCAGCUAACUUUCCAUAUGCUACCAUUGACCCUGAGGAAGCUCGAGUCAUCGUGCCUGAUGAGCGCUACGACUGGCUUGUUGAGAAGUACAACCCGAAGUCUCGGGUCCCAGCUAACCUAACUGUCUAUGAUAUCGCUGGUCUGACCCGUGGGUCAUCCACUGGUGCCGGUCUUGGCAAUGCUUUCUUGUCACACAUUCGUGCUGUGGAUGCCAUCUUCCAAGUUGUUCGAUGCUUCGACGACGCUGAGAUUAUUCACAUUGAGGGUGACGUGAACCCUACGCGAGAUCUCGAUAUCAUCAGCGAGGAGCUGCGACUCAAGGAUAUCGAAUUCGUUGAAAAGGCCCUCGAGAACCAGAAGAAGAAGACUCGCAUGGGUGGUCAGAGUCUCGAACUCAAGAAGGCUCGCCUGGAACAAGAGAUGAUCGAGAAGAUUCUUGCCUGGCUCCAGGAUGGCAAGGAUAUCCGCAAAGGAAACUGGACUCCCAAGGAGGUCGAGGUCAUCAACCCUCUCUUCCUACUCACAGCCAAGCCCGUGGUGUUCCUGGUCAACCUGUCAGAGAAGGACUUCAUCCGCAAGAAGAACAAACAUCUUCCCAAGAUUGCCGAGUGGGUCAAGGAGCACGCCACUGGCGACCCUAUCAUCCCCAUCUCCGUCUCUUUCGAGGAGAGAUUGACGCGCUAUGAGACGGAGGCCGAAGCUCUAGAGGAGCAAAAGAACGUGGGCGCCCAGUCCGCUCUCCCCAAGGUCAUCCACCAGAUGCGCAAGGCGCUUCAGCUGGCCAGUUUCUUCACCACCGGUACUGACGAGGUUCGCCAAUGGACCAUCCGUACCAACACCAAGGCACCACAGGCAGCCGGUGUAAUCCACGGCGACUUCGAGAAGACCUUUAUCCAGGCCGUUGUGUACAACUUCAACACACUCAAGGAGCUGGGUGACGAGGCCGAGGUCAAGGCAAAGGGCAAGAUCAUGACCAAGGGCAAGGAAUAUGUCGUUGAGGAUGGAGACAUUCUACUGAUCAAGGCUGGUGCUGCCAAGGGUUAA